UUCAGGCUUUUUUACUGCGAUUUUGUAAUCUUACUGCUCACCGGCUAGGAUUUUAUCUUUAUUUGUUUAUCAUCGUCAGUUCAAACAGUUUAAUUUAUUUUCAUUUCUUAGUUAUCAGUACCUAUUGUUGUAUUUCUUGCUAUGCUAAGUAUGCCGACGAGACAGAACUCGGUGUUCCUGUUUUCUAUUGUUAUUUCGGUCAUUUAUCGGUCAAUUUCGAAUACAAAAAAGUUAUUAGAGGAACUUUUGAAGUGUAAUUUUUUAGAGGAUGCCGGACUCUUGCGCUGAAUUUGCGGGGUUUUCUCUGUGCUGAACACGUGGUCAAUUGUUGUAACAUGGUAUCAAUAUUUGCGUGACGUAGACCGCAUGCAGCGAUUUAUGACAUGUAAUACGUGAACUGAGUUUUUCACAAACCGACGUUGUUUUGGUUUUCGAUCCAAUAUGUCUUAAGAAAUAGGCAUAAUCACUUUCAGUGCAUAAAAUGGUUCACGUUUUAAGCCUGGUUGUUAGGGGACUACACGCGAGAUACAGUCGCGAAACUAGUAACGAAAACUUGGAAAACCAGUCUGACUUGGUGAACGUGCGACAAACCGGACCGAUGGUCUCCGUAUUUCCGCGCGUUCAUCGUCGUAUCUCUAUACAGAAUCAAACAACCGUUGUGCCAAACGGAGUACUUGUUGCUCUUGUAAGGAGAUAAAAGUCUGAGAAGAACAGUCCUCAAAUCAAAGAAUGGACGAGGAGAGUACGGAAAUGAACACGAUUUCGGUGACUGCGCUCCCGUGUUCUAGCACAGCUCCAUCGGCGACUACUGUGAUAAAAGAACCAGAGUUAGUAACAAUCCUCGAGGACAUGCCUUUGACAAACGAACAGAUCGAAGAAGAGCAAGAUCUAUUGGAAGAAGCCGAGGAUGAGUUCGAGCCGAAUGAAAACACUCCACUCAUUCGAUCGCACGAAACUCUAGAAAAGAGUGACUCAAGUUUCUUCACACACAACAGCAAAAGUUUCACGACAACUUUCACAACGAGUCAGGCAUCCUUAUUCAUCCCUUCGUUCCAGUUUUCGUUGUAUUCUAGCAUAGUAUCAAUCUCGCGGUCUCUAAAUCAACGAUCUGUGGCCCUCACGAUUGACGACAGAAGUAGCCAAGACUCGAAAUCGAAAUCAACAACCUUGUUAGAGAAGUUGUCAGAAGAUGGCCAAGCAACGACCAUGCUUGCGCUAUGGAACAUGAUUAACAUGAUCUUUGUUAGCACUAGUGUUCUAGCUAUGCCCUAUGCGAUCUUCCUGGGAGGAUUCGCAGCUCUGUUCCUAAUUUUAUUCAUUGGAUUUCUGACUGACAUCACUUCAGUUCUUCUUGUUGGCUGCCUUUACGAAAUCUCACCGAAAAGCCGGCUUCGCAAACGAGUCCGAGCGAGUUAUGCCGAGAUUGCAGCGCACGUUUGGGGACCAGUGGGUGGGUGGAUAGUUGAUUUCGUAACCGUGAGCUUGUCAUACUGCAGCUGUGUUCUGAUGGUGAUGGUUCUCGGCAGUAGCUUCAUGGAACUGUUCAAGGAACUGUUCAUGUUAAACUUAAAGGAAUGGUGCUUGAUCUGUGCACUGGCCAUGUUACCCACAGUUUUCAUCAAAAGACUGUCCAUUCUUGCCUGGCUAAGUAUGCUAGCUGUAGUAGCAGUGUUUAUUAUUGCCUUUAUUCUGUUAGGUUUUACUCUGGGGGAUUCGAACUCUUGGACAUUAGACAAAAUUCCUUCCUUUAACAUUAACACUUUUCCAGUUAGUUUAGGAAUUAUUAUGUUUUCAUACUGUGGCCAUACAGUAUUUCCUGGAAUAGAGGGCUCCAUGCAGAAACCCAUGAAAUAUAAAAGUGUCACGCAUCGGGCAUUUAUCUCCGUCACGGCAGUGAAAUUUUUAGUUGGGCUUUUCUGCUGCCUCACAUUUGGUAGCAACACCAAGUCAAUUGUGAUCAUAAAUCUCAGUUUGUCAUAUGGCUCAAUUCUUAGCAAAAUAGCAACAGUGUUGGUUAUCAUAAAUAUUUACUUUUCAUACCCUCUUAAUAUGUUUGUUGUAAGUGGAACAUUAGAUAUAAUUCUUUUGCCAAAGUUUCCCCUCUGCUACAAUCACAAGCGUUACAAUUAUUUGUGGAUUCUCUUCACUCGCACUUUCCUGGUCCUCUCAACACUUGGUAUUGCUGUAGCUGUACCCCAUUUUGGGCUGCUGAUGAGUAUAUUUGGAAGCUUGUUUGGAGCUUGUAUCACCAUGAUUUUCCCUUGCCUAUUCCAUUUGCAGCUUAAAUGGAACAAGUUAACUUGGUAUAAGAAAUUUUGUGAGAUGCUUAUAGUGUUAUUUGGGAUAGUUGCAGGCACAUUAGGUUUGAGUUAUUCCUCUAUUGCCCUGAAGAAUGCCUUGCACUAAUUUGUACUAGAAAUUGUUCAAUAUUGUAUUACAGGAGCAUAACUCCCCAGGAGCCUUUCUUACCCUCUCCUUUCCCCC